AUUUUAGAUCUAAAAUUGGAUAAGCCACAAAGUUACUUUAUAUAUUUAUUUUUGUCUUAAGAUUUUUAAUUUACAAGUAAAGAGUCUGAAUGUCUUUCCUCAUCAAAUGGUGUGUCUGCUAAUCUAGCAACGGCGCCACUCGAACUUAGGAUUGCAUACGAUGACAGAUGUCAUAUGCCAGUUCAGUUCAUCAGUUGUUUGUCAUUGAGUCUGUUAUGUAUUGAAUUCAGUUGAUUUGAUUGAAUACGUGUGUUAUAUUAAGGUAUAUAAUUAAAUUGUUUCGAAAAAAUAUAUAUAUUAUACCGAAAAGCUAGUCGGUAAAUUACUUAAAAAGAUUUAAGUAGAGAGGCAACAUACUAAAGACUUACAUAUUUAAGUUUCAAAAAGGUUACAUUCAGUUAACAUUUACAAAAUACCAGCCUACAAUAAGGUGUUUAAUAUGAGUACGUUAGAUAAUUCCGACCUAAAUACCCUUACCGACAAUAACGAUGGUAAGGGAGGGACAACCGACGCCGAUAGUAUCGAAAAUAGUCGGAGCAAAGGGGAACACGCAAGUAUAGUUGCUGCUCAUUACAACCACAUAGAAGACAAGGGGUUAAGAGAACGAUUUAAUUCUCCUAUUUUCUAUUUGAGAAACUUUAAUAAUUGGGUAAAAAGUGUAUUAAUACAGGAGUACAUAGAUAAAGUGAAGGAAAAGGACUAUGGUAAAGCUUUGAAAGUCCUUGAUAUUUGCUGUGGUAAAGGAGGUGAUUUAAGUAAAUGGCAGAAAGCUCGAGUAGACCAUGUUGUUUUUGCGGACAUAGCCGAAGUGUCUGUACAGCAGUGCCAAACACGCUAUGAAGAUUUGAAGCGUCGACAAAGCCAUUUGUUCUCUGCUGAAUUUAUUGCUGUUGACUGCACUAAAGCUGCCUUAAGACAUAAGUAUAGGGAUCCUUCUAUAAACUUUGAUUUGGUUAGUUGUCAGUUUGGGCUGCAUUAUAGUUUUGAAAGUUUGGGUCAAGCAAGAAGAAUGCUUACAAAUAUAUCAGAAUGCCUAAGACCUGGUGGAUAUUUCUUUGGUACAAUACCUAAUGCAUAUGAAAUUGUUUCCAGAGCACAAAAGUCACUCAAUAAUAUGUUUGAAAAUAGAAUAUACAAAAUCAAAUUGUUGUUUGACCCUAAAAAUGGUUAUCCCCUCUUUGGUGCUAAAUAUGACUUUCAUUUAGAAGGAGUAGUGGAUUGUCCAGAGUUUCUAGUUAAUUUCAAGUUAUUUGUAAAACUUGCUGCAGAAUAUGGACUUGAAUUAGUAUAUCAAGCAGGGUUUUCUGAUUUUUAUAAUGAUUAUUCGGUAAAUUAUAAACAAUUGAUACAAAGAAUUAUGUGUUUUGAAAGUUAUCCUCCACCACAUGGGAAAGAAUUAAUGGGAGAUGAGGCUGAAUAUGAACAUGCUAAAGUAUUUUGGGAAAGCAAUAAUUUGAAGACUGAAGAUACUUGCCUUGGUACUAUGAGUUCCUGUGAGUGGGAAGUUGCAACAAUUUACAUGGCAUUUGCAUUUAAGAAAUGUAAAACUUCUCGGGAUGCCAAUGGAAAGACAACAUAUAUUAGUUCCUCCUCAAAAACUGAAUCUGGAGAAAAAAAGUAGUCAAUAGUUAACAAAAUUGUAUUAAGUUUACUAUGCACUUAAAACAUUUAUGUUUAAGUUUUAUUGUAUUUACAUACUCUUUAAUUGAUUAAAUAUUUAGUUAUUAUCAUUUUAAAUUAUUCCUAAAGUGCAUUUUAAGUGGUAUAAUAUAUGAAAAGUAAUUUUUAUUAGUUACCAUUUAAUUUUGAUUCCAAACUUAGAAUGGAUGUGGAUGUCCCCCCUAUUGUAUGUAUCACCUAGAUAAAUGUCUGAAUGAAUCUUUAAGAGAUUACAUUUAGCUAAUUCCUAGCUUAUUGUCAUAAGAUAUCCUGAGAUUUAACUGAUUCCAGUUAAUCUAGUUGCUUUUAUUACUUAUUCAUCUUGUCAUGCAUAAAAAUUUUAGCAAUAUCUAUAAAUAUGGUAACAUUUACAAUACAAUGUAAAAUAUCUAGUGAUGUGAUAUCAGAUAUCUAUUGUUAUAACAAGUCCUCACAUUAUUAUUCCUACAACCUCUAAAAGCUCCACAUCCUACUUAAUCUUCUUCCAGACUAUGUUCUAUGCAUAUGCCACAUUUCAGCAAGAUCUAUGCACCUGUUUUCGAGAUACCUUCAAACAUCCAAACAUUUGCAUUUAUAAUAUUAGUAAGAUAUCAAUAUAAAUCUCGAGAAUAUUGUGACUUACUUGAGACUAAGUGAAGAUUUUAUUUCACUUGAAGCUUAAGUCAAUAUGUGUAUUAUUAGUUAAGAAAUGACUAUAAAAAUAAACUUUUUAUUCUCUUUCAAAUAUAAAUUCUUUGUACAUAUUUGUAAGUUGACAAAUACGAUAUAUUCUGACGGUCCUUAAGCACUAAUAUGAUGUGUGAAACAAUUCUGAAUGGAGUAGUAUCAUAACAUUAAUAACAAUAAGGUACCUGUAGACAUUUUACUAGAAGUUCACUAAUUGGGACCAUGGUUUUACAAUUUAAAUUGUGAAUUUAAGUUUUCCAAUAGCCAAUUUUCGAUUUAAUAUGAAAUAAUAUUUUAAAAAUUCAUGAAUAAAUUAAUAAUAUACAGAUUAUAUCUUUUAGUAUUUUAAUUCUAGAUUGGUACUUAAAUUAAAAUAUGCGUUUUAGGAGGACGUAAAUAUUUAAAUGAUGUAUUAAAUACAAU